ACAAAUUGAAACACUUUGUACAAAAUAUGCCGUUCGCAUCGCAAAGUGAAUAGGCGAGCCCUGUAUCGUUGAUCGCUGAUUUUUGGUCUGGCUGCGCAUGGAGAAGGGGUAAGAGUUCAUGCGUGAUGCGAUUAGAAGUGGGGAGAGGUUGACGAAGCCAAUCGGCUUCGUUCUAUUCACUGUGUGAUUGUUGAUCGAAAUUUCUUCGCCGCCAAUAACCGUUGCAGUACAAUUUUACCAGCUUUAAAUUAGUCCAUACUGUUUUUAAAGUUUUGGUGAUUUUCUUUGAGAAAGCCAGAAGAUGUCCGAUUCGAAACGUUCUCGUGCUACUGGAAAUUUUUACCGAAAGGCUAGAAAAUAUGAGCAAUAUAUAAUGGCACCACAGCAUCAAGACACUGCAGAACCAGCUCCAGGCCCAUCCCGUGCUUCAUUUGAGACUCCAGUCCCAAGUGUUACCGCUGUAAUGGAAAGUUAUGUGCAGGAGGAUAUUGUUGCCCCGGAUUUUUCUAAUGUGGAAAAUGAGGAACCAAUUGUUCGUGAUUAUCUUUUCGACGACGAUGACGAUGAUGAUGCAGAAGAUGUUCGACCGAUAGAAGGAAUGUCGAUCACAGAUGGCAUCCGUUACUGGGCGUUAUCCACAAAUGCCUCGCACCGCUCGAUCAAUAUGGUACUUAAACUUUUUCAACAAGCUCACGUUAAAGUUCCAUCAACCGCUAAGACGUUGCUGAAAACGGAUCGCAGUAGCUCGACGCAGAUAGCGGAAAUUGGCGGUGGACACUUUUGGUAUCGCGGGAUAAAACGAUGCCUACAAAACUAUUUUCGUACUGAGAAAUCACCUGCCACCCAGCUAUCCCUAACCAUAUCGAUCGAUGGUCUGCCUUUACAUACAAAUAGCAGCAUGCAGUUCUGGCCAAUCUUGUUUUCUAUUCAUGAGCUGCCCCAAGCACCGGUUAUGACUGCUGGCAUCUUCUGUGGAACGACCAAACCCGAAUCUGCAGAAGAAUAUCUUCGUCCAAUGGUGGUCGAAAUGAAUGAUUUGAUGCAGCGUGGCAUAAUCGUUCAUGGAUGUCAUGUCGCCAUAAGACUGCGCGAGUUACCAUAUUCAACAUCGGCAACAUACAACAUCAUCAGCAGUACUCGACGACGAUGUAAUCCAACACCGCCUCGACCAUGGGACGAUCAACAUUUCGACGCCUCAGCAUUCCGGCCAGCCAACGCUGCUCCGACCGUGAGACCAGCAACCCGACGCCGGAACAUUCCUAACGUCACGUGGCCGAACCAACUCAUUGGUGUGACCGUGACCUCCUCCCCUUCCAUACCACUCCUAUAUCCAUAACUGUACACUUAUAAACAUAAAAAUAAUUAUUAAGUCAGUCUUAAUCGGACCCUCCAGCAAACAAGAGGCGAAUAAAGCGGAUCAUCCCCAACAUAAAACAUUUUUGAGUUUUAUCUCGCGCAAUCGGGGCAGACACUCCUGCGAGGGCAUUCAUCAAAGGAGUCAAGGGACACACCGGAUACUACAGCUGCUUGAAAUGUACCGUCGUCGGCAAAUACAGUCAGGCAGGACGUACAAUGACAUUUCCUGGUACAAACAAGACAUUUCCUGGACAUCGCAAGACGGAAACGCCGUUGGUGGAUUUGCGGUUCUUCAACAUCAUCAAGGACAUACCAACAGGAGAUCGACUACACUGUGUGGAUCAAGGUGUCGGCAAGCACUAUAUUUUAGGCUUUCGGGAUGGAACGUUGAGAAAACAACGCUGGACGACAAAACAAUGUGUUCAAAUAUCAAACCAUAUUGAACAGAUUAAGUUGCCGACAGAAAUUCAUCGCAAAAUACGUCCUAUCAAGCAGGCACAUUUUUGGAAAGCGUCGGAGAGCGCGUCUUUUCUCCAUUAUGCUGGGUUCGUAGUGCUGAAACCCCAUCUUACUGAUUGUGAGUACAGACAUUACUUACUGCUGUUUUGUGCUGUGACAUUGCUGUCCUCUUCAGUUUAUAAGGAGAAGUGGCGUUUUGCUGGCCAAUUAUUAAAUAAAUUCGUUGAGGACUUUGCAAGUGUGUAUGGCGAACAACAUAUAAGCAGUAAUGUGCACAUAUUGCAACAUUUGUAUGAGGAGGUGGAGCGAUUUGGACCCUUAGCAUCCUUUUCCACCUACCCAUUUGAAAAUCAGUUGAAAUGUUUAAAAAAAUUAUUACGUUGUGGAUGGAAGGAGCUAGAACAGGCAAUCAACCGACUUAUGGAAUAUGAGGAGUAUUAUAUAGGAAACCUUUACACAGCAUCAAAGCCCUCUAUUUCCAAACGAGGGAAUAUAAUAACAUUUAACCUCCAGAAAGAUUGUGUGCUUCAAAAUAACGAGAUAUAAAAUUGUUGGUAUAUGAGCAAGGAUAACAGUAUAUACCAAUUUCAAACAGUUAAUGGCCAAAUGGAAGAUGGCAAUAUGCGCAUUUGCCGGCGUAGGUUGAAUGAAAAAAACUUUGCUUUUGAUUAUCCUUGUGAGUCAAGUAUUUUAAACGCUUACAAAGGAUCCAUUAAAAAUUUAGAUAAGUCGUUUGUGUAUAUAUGCCCGGGGCAAGUUAAAUGUAAAUAAUUUGCUAUACCAAGCAUUCGCGAUGAAAUUAUUUUUAUUCCUCUGCUGCAUACACUUGUGGAAUAAAUUCAGUAAAAAACAAUGUAAAGGAAGUUAUAACUGUUCGUUAUUUAGUACACUUAUUUAGCUGGAAAAAGAAGGUAGUACACUUAUCCGAAAAAAUAUCCGAAUAUGACAAAGUAUUGUUGUUCAGCGAAUACCAGAUAAUCGAAGCGGACUAACGAAAUGUAAAAUGCAGUAUCAAGAGGGAUUAAUAAAUUUAAUCAGGUUGUACAUCCAAA